UAAAUCACAAACUCAAAAAUAACGAAAUGGCCAGCGACAAAGAAAAGCCUUUACCAAAUGUUCCUGAGGAAGAAGGAAGAGAGGACAAAGUUUAUGGAAAUGUUUUAACUGAACUUGAGUCAGUGGAUUUGCCCCUGGGAACCACUUUAAGAUCGGUGUACGAUGACCAGCCCAACGCACACAAAAGGUUUAUGGAGAAACUGGACGCCAGGAUACGUAACCAUGACCGCGAGAUCGAGAAGAUGUGCAACUUCCACCAUCAAGGCUUCGUGGACGCCAUCACGGAGCUGCUCAAAGUCCGCACAGACGCAGAGAAGCUGAUGGGCCAAGUUACGGACACUAACCGAAGACUGCAAGACGCCGGGAAGGAGGUGACUGCCCAAACAGAGGAGGUGAUUCGCUGCAGGAUUCAGCAGAGGAACAUGGCCACCACAGUGGAGAAGCUGCAGCUAUGCAUACCUGUUCUAGAAAUGUACAGCAAACUCAAGGAGCAGCUCGAGUCUAAAAGGUACUAUGCGGCUCUGAAGACCAUGGAGCACCUGGAGAACAUCUACAUCCCCAGGGUGAGCCAGUACCGCUUCUGCCAGAUCAUGGCCGAGAACCUGCCCCGACUGAGGGAGGAGAUCAAGGAGAUCUCCAUGUCAGACCUCAAGGACUUCCUGGAGAGUAUCAGGAAACACUCAGACAAGAUUGGAGAGACCGCCAUGAGACAGGCGCAGCAGCACAGAACGUUCAACAGUGCGGUGCAGAAGCAGUCCACCCUGGGCGACACCAAGCCACUGUACUCCCUCAACGGACGCACCCCCACCCAGCACAACGGGCUGGCCCUGGAGGAGGGGGGCGAGGAGGAGGAGGAGGGUGAUGAGGAGGUGCGGGGCAGAUCUGCGAGAGACCCACAGGUGUUAACAGCCCAGGAUCUGGUGGACUUCUCUCCAGUCUACAGGUGUCUCCACAUCUACACUGUCCUGGGUGACAGAGAAACAUUUGAAAAUUACUACAGGAAGCAGAGGAAAAAACAGGCCAGGCUAGUACUGCAGCCUCAGGCUAAUAUGCACGAGACGGUGGAGGGUUACAGGAGGUACUUCAACCAGAUCGUGGGCUUCUUCGUGGUGGAGGAUCACAUCUUGCAUGCGACGCAGGGACUGGUCACCAGAGCCUUCACGGAUGAACUGUGGAACAUGGCCCUGUCCAAGAUCAUCGCCGUGCUCCGCACGCACUCAUCCUACUGCAACGACCCAGACCUGGUCUUGGAGCUGAAGAACCUGAUCGUCAUAUUUGCAGACACGCUACAGGGCUAUGGCUUCCAAGUCAACAGACUGUUUGACCUGCUCUUUGAGAUCAGGGACCAGUACAACGAAACCCUGCUCAAGAAAUGGGCCGUGGUCUUCAGGGAGAUCUUCGAGCAGGACAACUACAGUCCCAUCCCUGUCGACACGGAGGAGGAGUACAAGUAUGUUCUCAGCAGGUUCCCCUUCCACGACCCAGAGAUAGAGAAGCAGCAGUUUCCAAAGAAGCUCCCCAUGUCCCAGUCAGUGCCUCAGAUCUACACCCAGGUCAAGGAGUUCAUCUACGCCAGCCUUAAGUUCUCAGAGUCUCUCCACCGCAGUUCCACAGAGAUCGAUGACAUGCUGCGUAAGUCCACCAACCUCCUGCUGACCAGGACGCUGAGUAGCUGUCUGCAGAACCUCAUCAAAAAGCCCCACAUAGGACUGACUGAGCUGGUCCAGAUCAUCAUCAACACCACCCACCUGGAGCAGGCCUGUAAGUACCUGGAGGACUUCAUCACCAACAUCACCAACGUGUCUCCUGAGACAGUGCACACCACCCGCCUGUACGGCCUGUCCACCUUCAAGGAUGCACGGCAUGCUGCUGAGGGAGAGAUCUACACCAAGCUGAACCAGAAGAUUGACGAGUUCAUCCAGCUGGCGGACUACGAGUGGGGCAUGCCCGAGUCUGACGGCCGGGCCAGCGGGUACCUCAUGGACCUCAUCAACUUCCUGCGGAGCACCUUCCAGGUGUUCACGCACCUGCCGAGUAACAACAAUGACCAUGCAGCCAUGUCGGGCAAGGUGGCCCAGACGGCGUGCAUGUCGGCCUGCAAGCACCUGUCCACCUCGCUAAUGCAGAUGCUGCUGGACACGGAGCUCAAGCAGAUCAGCAUGGGGGCCAUCCAACAGUUCAACCUGGACGUCAUACAGUGCGAAUUGUUCGCCAGCUCUGAGCCAGUGCCCGGUUUCCAAGGAGACACGCUACAGCUGGCUUUCAUCGACCUUCGACAGCUGCUUGACCUGUUCAUGGUGUGGGACUGGUCGACCUACCUGGCGGACUAUGGACAGCCCACCUCUAAAUACCUGAGAGUCAACCCUGCCACCGCCCUGGCGCUGUUAGAGAAAAUGAAGGACACCAGUAAGAAGAACAACAUCUUUUCUCAGUUCAGGAAGAAUGACCGGGACAAGCAGAAGCUUAUUGAGACGGUGGUCAAACAGCUGCGGAGCCUGGUCAACGGCAUGUCCCAGCACUCCUAGACACACACACAUACACACACAUACACACGCACACACACGCAUGGGGCACAAAGCAUGGGACGCACACAAACACACACACACGUGAUGUACUGUGCGGACACGCGUGCUUCUACAAAACGGACACACACACCCGCUACACAGGAACACAUUCAGGCAGUCAGGGACAUGAUCAUAAACACUUCUACAUAAACAUGCAGUUGUAAAAUAGACUGAAUACAUGGUGUAAAAAAAUAAUUUACUCUCCUACACACACACACACACACACACACAGAACGAAACAAAACAGUUUACUGAACUCUGUAAAGGAAAGAACAGUAAAAUUGUUUUUAAUGUAUUUUUAAUGGCUAUGAAGAAGACUAUGUUUUGUACAUUGUGAGAGUGCAAUGAUUGUAGGCCAGCCCCAGAGAGGGCUGGAGAUGUGAGUAGUGGGAAUGUAUGAAACGAUACCGCUCAGAACACUGGACCAUGAAGUCUGACCCUGAGACUGAUGUUCUCCAUGAUCCACACCUGGGACCAACACGCCUCAGAUACAUCCAAGUAGAUUGUAGAUGUGUUGGGUUCACCUCUUGAGUUUCCACCUAUUAGUACCUUACAGGUGGUGAUGGGGUCUUCGCCCCAGGUCUGUGAUCAUGAGUUUUCCCUUAAAAAAACAACCCCACAAUGCAAUACUGUGUGGAGUUUGUACUGUAAAUACAUGAAGUGUAUGUUUGAGAAUACUGAACACUACGGAGAGAGAACCGUGUUCUCUACUGGUCUGGCUUGAAUCCAACAGCUCUGAGGAAGUGGCAAAAACCAACUUGCAUGAUGAAACCUUGUUCACGACAUCUAAUCACCUAAUGGGCAGAUAUACUGUAACCUUACAGUCGUUAUACUGUGCCCUAACAGUUAUGAUACUGUUCCCUUGCAGUAAUUAUACUGUGCCCUUACAGUUAAUAUACUGUACCCUUGUAACCUUGACAGUUAAUCCAUAGAAUAGUUCCCCAAUCAGUGUUUCUUCUAACAAGAAAGCAACCCAAGAUUAUGAUUUUAAUAUUAUUAUUAGAUGUUAUAACAACUAAUUCUUGCAUCAAAAAUUUGAUAUUUUUGUUCCUCAGGGUAAAAUAAAGCUUUAUAAACUCAUGCUAAGAUAAUAUUUUCAGAUAAAAAGCAAUAAUUAAUUGGUUCCUUAAGUCUCUUCAGCAGGUCCGCUUAUCUUGUGAAAACAAACAAACAAACAAACAAAAAAAACAUUUUAUAAUCGGGUUCUGUUUCUCUUUGGUCUGUGCUAUACUUUUACCAACCAUUUUGCACUGAAGAUUAUUUAAGUUUGCCUUUUUUAAAUAGUUGCUUGUAAAUGUCAUGUACAUACUGCAUAUUUUGUAAAGAAAAUGAGUUUCUCUGCUACAAAUAAAAAAGGAGACUUAUUGUUGUGGAAGAUGAUGCUUCUCCUGAGCCUAACUAUUGAAUUAGCCUUUGACUUUUAUUGAUAGCAGUCAACGAUGCCCCUUCCGUGGAGCGGCGGUUGUCCCUUUCCUUUCUAGUCCCAUAACUAAAACAGAAAUGCAAAUAUAAAUCCCCUAAAACAUUCCAAUGAAUAUGAAGUUAAGAAUGUUAAUAAGGAUUUCAACUGGCAUUAGAGUAUGCUGCUGCCAUGGCUGUAAACAAGAACACCCCCCCCCCCCCCCCCAACUGAGAUAUUCUUCUGAUUCUAUUCGUUUUUAUUUGUGUGCUGUAAUAAUAAAAUACAACAAAUGUGUUCACUCAUA